GCAGCAGAAAUAUGUCUGUGUGUCGACCUCAGCAACGUCCACACGACUAAAUCAAGUGACAACUGACCUACAAGCCUAAAAAAAAAUUACAAAUGAAACCUCACAGUCAGAGAAGACAUUCAAAUUAUUUGCACCCCUCACAUAUUGACUGGGGGAGUUUUUUGAAAUCUACAGACACACUCUUGUUUAUACUAAUAAAACACACACACACACACACACAGACCACAAACAGGUGAGGCAAAGGGAGGGUUUGCCUGUUUAGACACGUCCCACAGGGGGCGGUUACGAGACAACACACACACACACACACACACACUUGGACACAGAAGGAUGCGUUGCUGUGUACUCACGUUCUCCAAAGGUCACUGUGGAUCUCUCAGGUGUAAGAAUGGACGGCGUCCUGGAGUCGACGAUCGCUCUGUGUGGAUGCAAGUUGCUGUGCAGCUUUCUGUGUCUUCCUGCUUUUAAAGACUCCAUCUCCUCAGUCAGCAUGUGCUGCGUUAGCCUCUUACUCUUCACCGAUCUGUCCAUCACCAUGUUCCUGGUGUACCUCUGGUCCGCCGCGCCCCGGCCGAUGUCUUUUCACCUGUCUUCCGACGUCAUCGCUCUGCGCUUCAUGCUGUUCCUUAGCGACACUUACGAGGCCGUGUUGAUGCUGACGCCGCUGCUGGUGGCUGUAGAACUGCUGGCGCGUCUCUUAUGGGGCGGAGAGACUGCGACGUCGACCGUGGACCAGAAGGAAUCUAAAGCGGACGUGUUUUUAAAGGAUGUCGAUGGAGAUUCCUGGGAAACUGGACGACGACAGAAAGAAGAGGCUCAGGAGAACAACACGGUGAUGUUAAGAGCUUUAGGUUUCCUUGGUUGCCUCAUGCUGUGGUUCGUAUGUGGGACAUAUGCCGGAUUUAGCUGGAGGCAAGAGCGGGUGAUGGUGAGAUCCUGUCUGGAAGGUGGCAGCUUGCUCUCGACGUGCCUCCCCUGCCUUCUCUCUGCUUCUUCGCCAGUUAGCGGACAUUUAUUUUGGGCUCUACCUGCCGCUGUUCUCUUGCUAGCAUUCACCGCAGUUGUGAGCUUAAUCGUAGCAAAGCUGACCCCUAGAAUUGUUCAUCCAGAGCUGCUCGGAUGUGUAGAGAAACGAACGCAAACACGUGCACCCACGCCCGAAUGGACCUCAACUGCUGCUGCGUGCAACUCAAACAAUUACAAUGUUGACUCAGAAAAGACAUCGAACAGCUGCACCAUUCACAGCUCGCAUAAUAAGAGGCUGCAGGCUAGCGGAAAGCCGGAGCCAUUAUCUUGGAGAAUAGAGCUGGCUGAUGGCUGUAAAUUAAACAGCGAAAGCGUCACACUCGUCUUGCCAGCCCACGGCACGGCCCCACACCCUCACAAGAGCCGGAUUUGGCAGACCGUACGGGAAAGUCCUUGCUGGAGGGGAGAGCUGAUGACGGGGCUGCUGUGUGGGCUGCUGGUGUGCGUCUUUCCUACAGUUCUCAGCACCAACAUACUGCUAGUCAGCAACCUGGACACACUGGCUGUGUACGUUGUGAAACAUCUGCUCACUCCGCUGCGAGCUAAAUGACAGGUUAAGACAGAUGCCACAGCUCACCUCAUACCGAACAUUACUAACAUUCCAAGGUUACAAAACCUUGGCUUAUAGAAUUGGAAAUUCUGGAUGUGUUGGUUUUUUUUUAUUGUUUUUUGUUUUUUUUCUGAAAAAUCUUCAGGUUUUUGGUUUAUCCUGGUCAGAGUCGGUGUAGAAAUCCUGCACACACUCACCAGAUAUACAGACGUGAACGUGAAGGGAACCGGAAACUUACUUGGAGAACUGUUACUUCUUGCGGUGGUCCUAUCAGACAGCUGGUCCAACACACACACACACACACACACACACACACACUUACAGCUAGAGGAAAUUCAGAAGCUUAAUUCACUUACCAGCAUGUUUUUGAAAGGAAACUCCUGGAGGAAACCCGUAAGGACAGGAAGAAGAACAUGCACAAAACCUCCUCACAGAAAUGGACACUAUGUGCACACGGGCUUUUGUCAUUGUAUCUGGUGAUGGUUAAGACAUUGUCUCGUGAAUGAUGAAUAAACGAUGAUAGCAAUUCUGCUUA